GUGACGUAGUUUCUAUUCAAAAUGUCCCCCCAGUGAUGUAAGCAGUUUAUGCGAUCCGUGAAAGAUGAAUGGGUCUAUUAAGCUACUGCCCCAACUGUCAACAUCAUGGUUCUGACUUUCAGCUCUUCCCAACAUACCAGAGUCUUGCCCUCCUGAACAGAGGGGUCAUGGUAUGUGCCCUUGUGUCUAUGCAAAUGGUGUUUUUGACAAAACGAACUGCGCAGUUAGAGGGUGUGACAUUCAGGCAAGACACAGGUGCCACUUCCUUGACUAUUUUUCCGACCAGGUGCACACUUGUAAGUCAGUCUGUAGGAUUAACUUGUACAUUUCUUCAGGACACUGUCUCUGGGGGCGUUACAGUACAAGAAGAGAGGUCAAGAUUUUCUGUUGAGUGUAAACUUCACAGGGCACAGAGAACAGCAUGGGAGAACAGCUUCCAGGGAUGCUGCUGUCCCUUCUGAUCAUCCUGAAGGUGUCUGGAUCAACAGCAGCUUCCUGCAGCCUUACACAAGUUACAGGUUCUUUAACUGCUAACUGCAGCAGCCAGGGCCUCACCAGUGUUCCUCAGAACCUGCCAACAGGUGUCACUCACCUAUAUUUGCAGAAUAAUCUAAUCACAAAAUUAAAUCAGUCUGAUUUCUCACAGUAUGGGAACUUGACAAAUCUGGAUCUAGGAAACAAUGAGAUCAGUGAAAUUCAGGCUGGAACAUUCUAUCCUACACCAGAACUGAGAACAUUGUCCCUGUCUCAUAAUAAGUUAAUGAGCCUCAGAUCUGAAAUGUUUGCAGGGCUGGGAAUUCUGGACUCUCUUUAUCUAGACAAUAACGAAAUCGGUGACAUUCGGGCUGGAACUUUCAAUGAAACAUCAGGACUAGGAACCUUGCAUCUACAGCACAAUAGGAUUACAGUCCUAAAAGCUGACAUAUUUGCAAAACUAUCAACAAUCUCUACUGUAAACAUUUCCAACAACCCUUGGCAGUGUGACUGCAACAUGGUUUCCUUCAGGCAAAAGAUGAAAGGGUCAUAUCUAUUUGAAGACCAAAUCACAUGUGAAGGACACAGAGGGCAAAAGCUCAAAGAUAUUAGUCCUGAAAAUCUGCAGUCAGACUGUGAAAAACCAACCAUGCAGUCCGAAGACCAAUGGAAUGUGCCUACAGCUGGUAACCAUGGCUUUAUAGUGGGAUUUAUUAGUGGGAAUUCUGACAUAUUUUCCCCACCUGUUCUUGUUGGCAUUGCAAGUGCCAUUUUUACACUAGUUAUUGCAGUGAUUGUUCUCACAAUCUGGUACAAGAGACGCUCCAGAAAUAUUAAAAAAAGCUCAGAUCCUAGAGUUUUCUACAACACUGCCAAUGUCACAGCCAGAGCUCAUAACAAAACAAGGCAUGGUGACCUUGGGGCAGACGAAGAGGAGUAUGACUAUGUAGACACUCUGUCACAAAGAUCACAUACAGGUACAACCCUCAGAGGGCGUCUUAGCAGGUUCGAAGAUGAAUAUGAUGUUAUACCACCUUCCCUUCCACCAAGAAACCCGACAGGUCUAUCAGCUGCUGGCCAGAAUGGGUCAGCAGCUCUACAUGGUGCUGAUGCUCCAUGGGGAGUCAUGGAUAAGGAUAAAUGUGAAACUGUAAACAAUGAUUCUCAGUUCAACAAAUAUGGAAACAGCAAUGUGAUAGCAGCUGCUCAAGAUGCUGAAACAGAUGUACAUAUAAUCAUGCAUGAAGAUGAUUACUUGUCUUUUGUCAUUACUGAAAAAUACAAGCCACAGCCCAACAAGAACAGCCAAAUAACUGCAGCUGCUGAGGAUUAUGUAGCUUCCCAACAGGGGAUGAGUCAUGAGAAUGAUGUUGAGUCAGCUGAAAACCAGACACAGGCUGACUGCCAGAAUGAACCAGCAGCUGUCCUUGGUGCUGAGAAGCAUGUCCAGUACUGGGGUGAAUGGUAUGAACUUGGAUGUAGGAAGUUGUAAUAAGUUGUAUGAAGUUAGAACUAAGAACAAUGUGAUCGGCAGGAUGU